GAAAAACAAAACGUUUUCAGCAGCUUGAUUGGUCCAAUUCGUAUCCAAUCCGACGCAACGGCUUCCAACGAACGUUCCGCCUCGGCAUCAGGACCAAGCAGAGCGCACGCCAGUGCGAGUUCGGCUUGGCAGUCCUUCAUGACGACUGGCUUGACGCGCCUCGAGAUAUCUCUAACGGUGGCUGUCCUCGUGACGGCGUUCAUAGGCACAUCCUUUGCGGCAGCCACGACGACCUCUGCCCCAUCGAUCACAGUUGCGGCCUUGCCCAAUUUGACUGAUGGAAGCAGUGACUUUGACCGUGCCGCGAACGAUUUAUUAGCCAGCGGGUCCAAGAUUAGCUUCGCGCCGGGUGUGGUUGCAGGGUUGGCGAUUGGCGUUGGCUCGGUCGUCGCUCUCUUUGGCUACAAGCUGUUUCGCCCAGUGCUGUUUGUGUGCGGGUUUGCCGUCGGGUCGGUUGUGUUUUACUUGAUCGCCGAAAAGAUAUUUGCAAACCAAACGUACAUGGUGACGGCGGCAUGGAUAUGCUUUGUUGCUGGCGGGCUCGUCGUCGGCACCACCGUCAUGUGCAUUUGGAAACUCGGCGUGUUCAUUGUGGGUGCCGCCGCUGGGGUCUUGCUGGCGUUCAUCGUAAACAACACGGUCGGGUACAAGCUGUGGCCGUCGAAUCCAAGCGGUAUGCUGUACAUUCUCAUCGUGGGCUUGGGCAUCCUCGGCGGGCUCUUGGCACGGUGUCUGGAGCGCCCAUUCCUCAUCAUCGCGACGAGUUUCUUUGGGGCCACCGCCGUCGUGUGGGGUGUGGGGUAUUUUGCCGGCAAGUACCCCUCCGGAAGUGAUCUUGAAGCGCUUCGCGUGCAGCUGGCCGACGGCAGUUUUGUGUACUCGAUCAGCGCUGCGUGGUGGGCGUACUUGGCCGCGACGGUCGGGCUCUUUUUCAUUGCCAUGUACAUGCAGUUUUCCAAGACCGCGUGGGGACUGCACCACGACCACCGGUCCAACAGCCAGCAGCGAAGUCAUGCCGCCCCAGCCAGAGCCUACCAAACGAAUGCAACGCCCACUGUUGGUGAACCCGCGCUGCAUGUGGCACCUUAUUGAGCCUCAUGAAAAAUUUCAGCAGAUUGUAUUUAGACAUCGACUUCGUCGACCUUUUCAUGGAGUGUCGACCACGAAAUUGGUGGUGGCAGUGUCCAUGCAGACCUGAAACCAGCCAACGUAUCGUUUGGAUCUGUUUGACAAAUGCGGCAGACACUUCAAUGCGUGCAUCCAUGUUCAUCCUCCACAUCAGGUCUCAGCAAGACGUCGCCGAUCGACAACGCUCGAGGUACUCUACCAAGGGCCCGAGCCUCGAUUCCGCCACACAUUUCAACCAACGCAAGUUCGCGGAGGGUUG